CAAAAAAGUUCAUUUUAUUUCUCAUUAAUGUUCACUCGGCACCCCAACUUGACAGAAAAAAAACAGAAAUGUAAAAAUGUUUGCAAAUAUAUUAAAAAAGAAAAACUGAAAUUUCACAUGGUGCAAUGAAACAAAUAGUGAACAUUUUAAAGGUGUCUGAAUACUUUCCGUACCCACUGAAUAUAUCCACACAUAAAACAUUAAACUAAUCAGACUUUCACCAAAAGUGAAGUGUUUUUCUUUAAUAAUCCUGAAUCCGUUUCUAAUUGAACGUUUUCUUUAAUUUUAAUUUAAGUUGUAUAUAUAAAAAAAGGUAUUAAAUUAAAUUCUUUAACGCCGAUUUAGAAACCUCGCUGCAAUCAAUCACAGCAUUCGUAUUAAUACUUUUUUUUUUUAAAGGGAUUUUGUCAAAUUUAAAUAUUAUUAUGCAACCGAGCACCAGAGGAGACAAAGUGACCCGCCACACGGAACCAGCACUCCCAGUAUCGUUUGCUUGAUGCUCUUGUUCGGGGGGACAGGACGCUGUUGACUCAGUGUGAUGAGUGAAAGUCGACGGCAGGUGGGAGUUCCACGAAUCUCAUCUCGGUUUACUUUGAUUUAGCUCUUCAAAGGAAAUGAAAAGCAUUGAGUGUGCACUCGGCACGGGAAGGUUGAGUCAGAGCAGAAUGGGAUGCUCUUCGAGGUAAACAUGACUUACAUAAUGCAGGUUAAACCAUUUUCUAUUCAUUUUUUUUAAACGUUUUAUUUAGUGAAUGUAAGAAACACUCGAGGAGCUGGAAUAUUCAAUAUUCCUGUGUCCCCGUUUUCCACCACUUUCCUCUCGGGUGAAUCUCAAUGAGUCCUCGAAGCUGUUGGGUUUCAUAAUGACCUCCUUUUUCUAUUAUUACAUUCAACAACAACAAAAAACCUCUUGAUGUUUAAACAAAGCCGCCUCCGCCUCCCGGUUUAAUGCUGGACAAACAUGGAGCUGACGCAAAGGGCCCUUUUUUUUAAUUAUUGUCCCUGUGGAAGCACAAUGAGGUCUUUGGGCCCGCGUGGAAGGCAGAGCAGGAAAUUUGAAACGGCAAACAGUCCGAGCCGCACCUGAGAAACCUCUUUGUCUGGCCGGUGAACAUCUGAGACGCAGCACUCAGCCAGGGGGAGGAGAGCAAACAAUUUAAAGGCUGCAUUUACAAUGAGUUAAUAGAUCGAGAUGCGACUUCAUGUCAUGAAACUAUAUGAAACGUCGCUUCUGCGUCAUGUGUUUCUAUUUUUAUUUGAAUUAAAUCACUGUCGGACAUUCAGGUGACACGUUAUGGGUUCACACCACACGCUCUAGGACACCUGAGAAGAACGCAGAAUCAAUAAGUUACAUUUAUUUUUUCCAUUUUAUGUUUAUUGACACCAAAUCAGGUGGAAACCGUCUCUGGAUCCAGUUAUUUUUAAUAGAAAAAAUUGUAUUUUCGGAUGCAAACACAUGCAGGUUGCCGUCUGAAAUAAUUUAAAUCAUAAUGAUGAGACCCAAUCAGAUUCCUUACUAAAUCCAUACACAUAUUAUCACACUAAUGUAUGCUGGAACAGGUCCGUUCAUUCUGCAUGAUGCUUUUAGGUUUUACUGCAUUAUUCUCUCACUUAAAUAUAGUAAAAAUAAAUAGAUAAAAACUCCAAACUGCAUACAAUAGCUUGUGACUGCGACAUAAACAAAGCAGCAUUUUUAUUUUUGCAAAUUGGUACCACAUUUAGUGCAAAUGUGUGUCCAGGAGACAUCUGGGGUUUUAUAAAUAAAUGUAUGAAAUAAUUGGGAAUUAACAUUCACCAUAUUGAGUCCCAUAAAGUCACUUAUUGGUCAUUUAAUGGGCAGCAACAGUAAUUCAUGUCACAUGCUACAUUAACUCAGGUGUUACUUAACCAUGUUAUGUUACCCUUAUUACAGAACAGCAUUUGCAGUUUAGUUUUACACAAUGUAAUGGUCCAACAAUGGAUUUAUAUGUAUUGCUAUAUAACUAUUAAUAAAGUCUGUCUAUGUUAUAUCACAUUACACAGCUCUUUGAUAAUAAGGGUGAAUUGAGCUCAUGACGUGUACAAGCUUUGCUUCUCUAUUCUUAUUUGAGCCAUGACGGCAAUCAUUUUUCAAUAAACCGUCACCAUAGCAACACAUUCAGUCAAGAAAGAGACAUUGAUCUGCAAAUACAAUAUGAUGGUGAGCUUUGUCCUGCAGGAACACGACAUAAUUGUUUUGUAUUGUAUUGUGUUGUAAUGUAUAUUGUGUGUAAGCACACAGAGUCACUUUACCAAGUCAAAUUCCUUGUUUGUGUAAACUUACUUGGCCAAUAAAACUGAUUCUGAUUCUGAUAAUGGAGACAGGAAAUCUGUGCGUCUGUAUUCAAAAUCAGACACUUACAGGGUUUUUCCCCUGCACUUAUAUAUAUUUUAUCUCUCUGCAGAACAAAACCAAGAUACCAAAAAGAGUUAUAAUUUUUUUAAAUAUAUAUAUAUACAACAUAUCUCGUCUAUGAAUGCUCCACACCUGUGCACGCCCUGACAACCAUCGAGGUAUAGAUCAGGUGCGACAGUACCGAUUGGAUCCUGGAUGACGUCACUUCCCGUCUCCACAUCUCCCUAUAAAAGCCGGCGCUGCUGCGGCUCGGUGUCAGGUGGAGAGAUCGGAGAGGACCGAGGCUGCAGCAAGAGAGAAAGAGAGAGAGAGGAAGGGAGAGAGAGAGAGAGAGAGAUCUGGCUCUCCGGAAGUACCGAAAGGCGACCAAGUUUAGUUCAGGAGGCGUCCGUAAAAUCCAACGAUUUUCUUUUUAUAAAAAGGGUGGUGACGUCAUACUUUCUGAUAGAAGCUUCGCUAUCUUUCUAAUUUUUGCUGGAGAGUUUUUUGUGUGUUUUUUGUUGUCGUUACAGCCUCGUUUGCAAACAUGGUCGCGCGAGGACUCGUCGUGUUGACCAUCCUGACGUCGAGCUGCGUUCUGUCAUUGCCAGUGACUCCCAGUCAGCUGGAGAAUGAUGACGUAAAGGUGAUGAAAUGCAUCGUGGAGGCGCUGGCAGAUGUGCUGUCGAGGCCCCGCCCCCGCAUACCUGUGAGUCCGGACUGUCUGGUCACGCUUCAGACGGAUGACCGGCUGGUGUCGGUCCUCCGCCAUCGCAGCUUCCUGAAGGUGCUGCAGGACAUCGCUGUUGAAGGUCGUGAGGAGAGAGCUCAGCGGCAGAAAGACGACGCUGCACCUGAACGCACCACGCAAGUGUCUGCAGACGAUGAUGCUGAUCGAUCCAUGCUGGAAGCCUUCGGAGACCCCGGUGAACGAUCCGUCCCGUCCCAGAAGAGGAGGAAGGGAAAAGGAGACGGAGAGCGAGGAGAGGAGGACAGCGCUGGAACCGGAGAGUCCCGAGAAGAUGACGAAGAGGUGAAAGAGAAGAGGGAACGUGGCGAGAGUCCAGGAAGCCAAGAGUCUGCAUCUGUGGACGAGUGGAGCGAGGCUGAAAAGAGGGAGGAGGAAGAAUAUGGAGAGGAGAGAGCUACUUCAAAGGAGGACCGCAUGAUCAAGGAUAAGAAAGGUGCUAGAUCUGGUGAAAAGAAGCGUGCAGCUAGAACCAAAUCAAGAGAGAAGAAGUCCGUCGAAGAAGAUGAGGAGGGAGAGGAGGAAGAGAAAGACAAGAGAUAUCCUAAAGAAGAGGCGGAUGAGAAGGAUGAAGGAGAGGCGAAGAGAGGGAGUGAGGAGAGCAGUAAGCGGGUGAACAAGAGGGGCAAGUCGGCGGCGGUGAAGAAGAGGAAGAAAGCGGCCGGAAAGGAGGCGCAGCACUCGGAAGAGGAGGAGGAGGAGGAGGAGGAGAAAAAGAAAAGAUUCAUGGGAAGGAGUCCAGAGGAGAAGGAGCUGCGGAUGAUCGCCAGGGGGCGACCGAAGGAGAGGAAGAGGUGGUCGGAGGAAGAGGAGGGAAGCGGCAGCCCAAAGGCAGAGGAGCCAGAGAUCGAGCGCCUGGCGACCAUCGAGUCGGAGCUGGAGAACGUCGCCCAGAAGCUCCGCGGGAUGCGGCGGGGCCGAGGGAGAGCUGGGUGAAAGAAAGGAAAGAACAGAGAGAAAAUAAAAAAAGAAAGAGGCCGACUACUGCUGCCUCCCUCGAGCCGUCCUGUCCCUCACACAGAGUAGAACACGGGGCAGGAACACUGCUGCUAGGCUCACAUACGAAAAAACUAAAGAUGCACAAGUUCAGUUCGUUCACAUUAAUGCACGUGAUAUUCAGAACUCGCAGUGCGGCCCGGGGAAAAAAAGGAAAAGCCUUCCCGCCGGUGGAGGUUGACGUCUUAUUUCCCUUCAUUCUCUCAGACAAUCGUCUCUUCUCUCUUUCUGCAAAUGCAUCUGGCCUGCUUUUCAAUUUUUCUUUUUUAACAUAGUGAUUUAUAUGAACACACAUACACACACACCCCGAUAAGGUGAGGUUGUACAGUAAUGGCAUGUGUACAUGUGCAGAGCUCUUUCUGGGACGCUUGCUUGCUCAUGGGGAAGCAGUAGAAGAAGAAGACGUGUAGACGCUUACUUAUUAGAGAUACAGUCGACUCAAAUCUAGCAAUAAGUGGAGAUUUUUAGCAAUUUAAUGGAUUGUAAUUCAUUUAUGUAAGGGGAUACAAAUUAAUUGAAUAGUUGAAGUGGGAAUCUCUGUUUUGGUGAAUCAUUUUAAUGCCUCUAAAAUCGAAUGAAUAUUUGCAUACGAUGAUUAAUGCAAUAAACUUGGCGUACUAACUAAUUUA